AUGUCUUGGGCAGAUCCCGCUUGGUGUAGUACCUACCUAUCUGCCUACAUACAAGAUCUCAAGUUGCCUCAUCAGGCAAUCCAUCCUGCCUAG